UUUCCAGCUGCUGCUGAUCUGGCCCAAUUCGCAACAUGUCCUGCCUACAGCCCUCCCCUGUUUCCCUUAUAAAUGAAGAGCGAGUGGCUACAACUGGCAUUUGUCUAUUUUCUGGUUGUCUUGAGUGUCUUCCUUAAGCCAUGCCUAUGGAUUUCAGUGGCACCUGGAACCUUGUCAGCAGUGACAACUUUGAAGGUUAUAUGUUGGCCUUGGGUAUUGACUUUGCCACUCGCAAGAUAGCAAAAAUGCUGAAGCCACAGAAGGUGAUAAAACAGGAGGGAGACUCCUUUACUAUCAGCACAACAAGUACUUUCCGAAACUAUUUUGUCCAGUUCAAAAUUGGAGAGGAGUUUGAAGAAGACAACAAAGGUUUGGACAACAGAAAAUGCAAGAGUGUGGUUACCUGGGAAAACGAUAGGCUUGUUUGUGUCCAGACCGGGGAAAAGAAGAACAGAGGUUGGUCGCACUGGAUAGAAGGGGAUGAACUCUACUUGGAACUCCGGUGUGAGGAUCAAGUCAGCAGGCAAGUCUUCAAGAGAGGAUGAAGUUCAAGAGACGAUAUCCCUGGGGAAAGAAAAAAACAACAACAUGGAGAAAACUUGUUCCUUAGCAACACUCAGUGAGCAGUACUGCCCUUUUCUCCCUCCUCCUUUGCUCUUUGUAAAAACAUUCCAGCCGGAAACAAACGUGGCGACUGUUACUGCACUUAAUGUAUUCCCUUCAUUAAAGGGGAUGAUGGGCAACAUA